GGCAGUAACCCACCCAUCUCCCUCUCGGCCUGCAAUGAAUCCUUGUUGCCAAAACGCAAUUGUCCUUUUUUGUCUCAAUUCUCAAAAGAUUCUCAGCACAGCUAAAAAAUUCCUCUUUUGGUUAGGGUUUUCAUUAAAGCCCCCAUUUUUUUCCGCCGUUAAGAGGCGAUAAUAAUCGUGCCCUCACCAGAAGAGAAGAGAAAACACAUGCAAAACAACAUUGUGUAUGAUUCAGAACAAAGAGCAUUUGGCGGGUUUUAAUUCGUUUCUGGAGGAUUUUUCCCAAGAGUUGUGUGCUGAGCGCAAAUGGAUUUUUCAACUUCAAGCGUUUUCUUUUUGGCCGGAAAAAUUUCGUUCUUGGUGGCCGUGGCAGCGACCGUUUCAUGUUUCCUUAUCGCGGGUGCUUUUAUUUUCCGGAGAGUGAACUCGGGGCCGAACCCUGAAUCGGAAAAUCAAAUUCCCCGUGAGAGUGAGGAAAUGACUGUGGGAUUGAGCGGCGGCGGCCCAGCGGCGGAGGAUAGCCAGGCGGGGAUGUCGAUGAUGGAACAGCUAGUUCCCGAGAUCACAUCUCAUGUCCUUGGCUACUUGGAUCACCGGAGCCUCUGUCGUCUAGCGAUGACAAGUUCGCUCAUGAGGAAAGCCGCCAAUGACGACAACCCCUGGAAGGCGGUCUACUUUAAGGAUUUCACCUUGGAGCAAGAAACUAUAACUCCACCCAAUGGAUGGAAAGCUUAUUAUGUGGCUACAAGAGCAAUUGUUAACACCAAUUCCGAGUUUUUUAGGAUUAUCAGAGAAAGGUCACUUCAGGCUAUGGCCCAGUUUUGGCUUAAUGCAGAUUACGUAAAGUGUGUUCAUGCAAGUGGUGAUUCAUUCAGUGGUUAUAAUGCAGUUAUCGAGAGUUGGCAGGAAGUUUUCAGGUGGCAGCACGUUGCUAGUUUACAGAUUCGAGAAGUGAGGAGUCGCGUGCUGUCAGAUGUGGCCUGGGUUACCAUGACGGUUUUUGUUGACUUUCCAUUUAAUGUGACCAAUGUGUACGAGUUCCAUGACGGGAAAUGGUGCAUGGUGCACCAUCACACCACAACAUUGUUCGUUCGUGUGGGAGGAGAGAUGUGACAACCGAGGCAAGGAUAACGAGAUUGAUGCAAAGAUAAUGUAAGAGUAUAAAUUGUUAGAACUGGAGCGCUCUUUU